AUGGUGGAAAACUUAGAGACUCUUUUAGACAACGUAAAGUCUCGCUUAGAAAAGCAGGGCAUCAAGAAAAUCGACAAACCGACGUUAGAGCAAGUCCGAGAUGCAUUUCGCCGGACUGACGAAAGAGAGCUCAACGAGCGGUGGGAGUCAUAUAUCAACCUACAACUCGCCCUGUGCACUUUAGAGAUGUACACUCCUCCAAAUCUCGACAUCAUUGGUUCUGCGGACAUUCGCGUCUAUCACAGCAAUCGCAUACCGUGCAACUGUGAUCACGACUUCACCAUUGAGAGACUGUCCGCGCCGUUCUCCCUGACCGACGCAGGCAAUUUUGCAGGCUACGACGCAGAAACACAUUGCUAUGCAUUCAGAGGACAAAGACGACUGUUUCGCGAGUUUUUGUCGCUGGUCGAGCCCUUGUUCAAAAAGAAGGCCUUUAAAUCUGCAAUUGUGAGAUCAGUCGGUGUGAGAGUUCCGAUGGCUAAUUUCGCCACUGGAUGGGACUUUGAUGAGUUUGCCUCGCAUGUUGAGGCAAUGGAAUGUAUGCUAUUUCUCAAAAAACCCUUGAAGGAUCCGCUCAAGUUUAAGGAAGCGGCCGCCUAUCAUGGCCUGGCAAGAAAAGACGCGGCCGAUUGUGUUGCUUUGGAAUUGUUUGGUGAGGAGGUAGAUUCCCGAAAUGACGCGACGAAUAGUAUCGUCGAAGGAAAAACGGACACGUCGAAUACGAACCUCGAACCAUGUCGAUAUUCUCUCAGAAGGCGUAAGUUGUCCGCUCAUCACUGA